AUGGAUCAUGAUGAAGAUGAUGGUGUCGGUUUCAUCAGACCUAGUCACUAUCUCAAGAGUCCAACGUUAGCUGAACAGCAAGCGAUGUCACUUCUAACGGUUCCAGGUGGUAGCGAUAGAGAAGGAAGUAUUUCAUCUAAUGUCAGCGAUAUGGACAUCCCUAUUUACUCUUCAGAGAAUUUAACUACUUCUUUAAGAAGAGAACCGCACGGGGCGUUUACUGGAAAAUUAGCUUUUGCUAUUGCUGCAGCUGCUCUGGGAUCGUCAUUUCAACAUGGUUACAACACCGGGGUUCUUAAUAAUCCACAAAAGAUUAUUGAAAACUGGAUUAAUGAGACUAUGUCGAAUAGGACGGGAGAAAUUCCAUCACAGGAAAAUGUUACAUUCAUAUUUUCUUUAAUGACGUCAGUGUUUUGUAUUGGUGGAAUGAUAGGAGGAGCUACCACUGGAUUAAUUGCCGAUAAGUUCGGAAGAAAAGGAGGUCUAUUACUUAAUAAUAUCUUAGUUAUUAUCGCUGUUAUAUGCGAAGCGUCCUCUAAAUCCGCCUCAUCCUAUGAAUUGAUCAUUUUGGGAAGAUUCUUCAUAGGAGUCAAUUCAGGUUUGAACGCAGGUUUAGCACCGAUGUAUUUAGCAGAAAUAUCACCGAUUAAUCUUAGAGGAGCAGUAGGAACUGUCUACCAACUUGUUAUCACAAUUUCCAUUUUGGUUGCCCAAAUUCUCGGUUUGAAGAGUAUUUUGGGUACAGAUGAUCUCUGGGUUACAUUGCUAGCUAUGACUAUCGUUCCGGCCAUUUUUCAGUUGGCGACGCUUCCAUUCUGUCCAGAAUCGCCGAAAUUCAUUCUGUUAUCGAAAGAAAACGAACCUCAGGCUAGAAAAGCGCUAUCUUGGUUCAGAGGAACGGUCGAUGUUCACGAGGAAAUGGACGUAAUGAAAGCAGAAUCCGAUGCCGUCAAAUUGAUACCGAAAGUUACUGUAAGAGAAUUAGUAACGAACAGCACUUUGAGAAUACCUCUGAUCAUUUCGCUGACCGUUAUGGUUGCUCAGCAAUUGUCCGGUAUAAACGCAGUCAUGUUCUUUUCUAGUAAAAUUUUCAACAUGGCAGGUUUGAAAGGAGACAAUCCGACGUACGCAACUCUUGCUAUGGGCGGAGUGAAUGUAUUGAUGACGAUUGUUUCGCUGUUUCUCGUAGAAAAAGCCGGAAGGAAAACUUUGUUGCUCGUUGGUUUUGGUGGAAUGGCUGUCGAUACGCUACUUCUUACUAUUGGAAUGCUCUUUGUCCAUACUGGUUCAACUGCUGGUAUUUUCUGUGUACUGUUCGUAUUGAUAUUCGUGGUUAUGUUUGCAAUUGGACCUGGAUCAAUCCCGUGGUUCUUAGUGUCUGAAUUAUUUAAUCAAUCGGCACGUCCAACGGCUACGUCAUUGGCGGUUUGCAUUAAUUGGACUGCUAACUUUAUCGUUGGUUUGGCCUUCUUGCCAUUAGCUGAUUCAAUGGGAUCUUACGUAUUCCUGAUAUUCUUCGUACUACAAGUAUUGUUCCUAUUAUUCAUUUAUAAGAAGGUGCCGGAAACUAAAAACAAGACAUUAGAAGAAAUUUCGGCCAUGUUCAGACAACAAUCCUACCAGUAA